AUAUUCAUUGAAAUUUAUAUUAAAUAUGUUUAGCUCAGCAAAGAUAUUCCAAAGAUUAAAUACCAAAGGUGUUUUUAUUAACAAGUCUACUAGUAAUUUUACAAAGUCAUUUUUUAGCUCAACUACCAGCAGCGGAAAUAAAAACUAUAGCAGCAGUAAUAAAGGAUUUAGAUUCAAUAGUAAUAAUAGCAACAAUAACAAUAGCAAUAAUAAUAAUAGAUUUAAAGUACCAUUUAUUGUUGGUAGUUCAUCAGCAUUUUUAUCAAUUAUUGGCGGUGUAAGUUCAUCAGUUGUAUCAUGUGAAACUGUUACAGAGGUUACCAAAAAUGUUGUAAUUCCAGAAGAAGAAUAUCAAGAAAUUAAUAAAGUUAAAAGAAAAAACCAAGUUCAAGCAGUUGCAGGUUUAACAUCUUUGGGUGGCACUUUAGGCUAUUGCGCAGGUUUAGCAACAAAGAAAAUUGGAACAUUCGUAUUGUUUAUUGUUGGUUCAAUUUUUAUUGCCAUUCAAAUACUUUCCUAUAAAGGAUACCUUAAUGUAAAUUGGGAUAAAGUUAAUACCCAACAUUCUCCAAAAUUCACCAAAGAAAAGAGACAAAAGUUCUAUCGUACAUUUUAUAAAUUACUAACUCAUAACCUUCCAUUUAAAGUUGGUUUUGGUGGUGGUUUCGUUUUAGGAUUCAAACAUGGUUAAAUAAAUUAAUAAAAAAAAAAUUCUUUUGUUUUG